CUAAUGCCCAAGACCAAGUCGAACGCUGGGUGCAUUUUUGUUGUUAUUAAAGCUCAGCUCGGAUGUGGAAUAACUUUUAUUAGUAUAUUUAAACCGUUUAAUUAAACGUAUUGGAGCUGUGAAAGUGCAACAAUUGUGCUUCAAGAUGCGUCAGUUCAACAUCUCGGUCAUUGGACUAUCCGGUACCGAAAAGGAUCGCGGCCAGGUGGGUGUGGGCAAGUCAUGCCUGUGCAACAGAUUCAUGCGGCCGAUGGCCGACGACUACUUCAUCGAUCACAUAUCAGUGCUCAGCCAGAGCGACUUCAGCGGCAGGAUCGUGAACAACGACCACUUCCUGUACUGGGGCGAGGUGCGCAAGACCACGGACGAGGGCGUCGAGUACAACUUCAAUAUCAUCGAGCAGACCGAGUUCAUGGAUGACUCCACAUUCCAGGCCUUCAAGGUGGGAAAAAUGGAUCCCUAUUCGAAGCGCUGCACCGCCACCAAGGUCUUCUCGGCGGAGAAGCUCAUGUACAUAUGCAAGAAUCAGCUGGGCAUCGAGAAGGAGUACGAGCAGAAGGUGAUGCCCGAUGGGCGGCUGAGCAUCGACGGCUUCGUCGUGGUGUUUGACGUCAGUCCCGUGCCAAACCGCAGUGUGGAGAAGCAGGUGGAGUUCGUUCAGAAUGUGAUCGCCACCAUUGUGAAGAACAAGAAGCCGCUUGUCCUGGUGACCACAAAGAACGACGACGCGUACGAGCUGUACGUGCGCGAGGCGGAGAAGAUCAGCCAGCGGAAGGAUUACAAGAGCACGGUGCAGUUGAUCGAGACAUCAGCCCACGAGAGCAUCAACAUCGAUUUGGCCUUCCUCAUGCUCGCCCAGAUGAUCGACAAGGUGAAGAAUCGGGUGAAGAUCAUAUCAUACCAGGAGUCGGCCAAGUCACGCAAGGAGCUGCUGGACACCAGAUCGGAGGCCGUCACACGGCUGAUACGCAACCAGAUCACUGACUACCACAUCCUCUGGUCGCAGGGCUCAAAGAUGCUCUCCCAGUACCGCGAGUGGAACGAGUUCUUGAACAUAUUCGGACACGAGGCCGGCCAGAAGCUCUUCCGCCGCCACAUGAAGAAGCUGCGCGAUGACCACCUCAACAAGAAGCUCCACCAGUAUCUCGACAAGUUCGCCUUGGCCCUCGAGUACAUGCUGCCGGACACCGGGGCCCUGAACAUCAGCGAUGACGAUGCCUGGGAGUGUGCCCGGAACUAUCUGCAGAACCACAUCGAGUUUGAGCAGUACUUCUUUGAGUGUCCGCAGGCCUCCUGGACCGAGUUGGUCGACAUGGACGAGGCCGAGGACGAGGCGCGCAUCCCCUUCGAUGUACUGGAGACCUCCGAGGCAGAGACAGUAUUCCGCAAUUAUCUGAAUUCCGUGCAGCAGGACAAGAAGAAGAUCGGCUGGAAGCAGCAGUUCAAGAUGCUACUGGAGGAGUCCGGCUUUGUCACGCCCGGCAAACAACUAUCGGAGGUGCGCGUCCUGUUCAUGGGUCGUGAGUGCUUCGAGGCCCUCUCCGAGCACGACUGCCAGCAGAUCUACGACAUCCAUCAGGACGAGAUCAUCGAGAAAAGCAAACAGAACUUUGUCGAACUGCUCCUGGAGCACGCUCAGUACUUUCUGCAGUUCAAAAACGUGGACAUUAUUACGCAGGAGGAUGUGCGUCAGAUCACGGAUGUCAUCCAGGAAGACUCACGCUACAAGAUGCUCGACCGCUUGGACCAGGAGCGGCGUGUCAUGCUCGUCCAGCAUCUGCGCUUCAUCCACUGCCCCAUUCGUGACCAUUGCCCCUUUUUCAACAACUGUGUGGACAGCCUGAUUGAGGAGGUUCUCUCCGACAAGUCGACCACAAGCAACCACAAGACUCCGGGGGGAGUCGGUGUAGGAGUUGGCGGUGGCGGUGGCGGCGGUGGCUGGAAGACGACUGGCAACGGCACCGAUCGCACGCUCAAUCUGCUGAUCGUUGGAUCGGAGCACCUGGCCAGCGAUCUGCUCAACGACAUCCGCAUCUGCACGGGCAGCAAGGGCGAGUAUAUCUACGAGAAUCAGACGUACUAUCUAAACUAUCGCAUAGCCAACGGGGACAUGGAGGCUUUCAAGGCCAUCGAUGUGUAUUCGAGUGGCCUCAUCUGUGUGUACUCCAAUCAGCAGUCGUUUGAAACGCUCAAGGACAACUUGGAACGGACGCUGCUCUGUAAUUUGGAGCUGGAGGAUAAGUUCGAGAAUCUUCCCAUUGUGCUGGUGUACCAGCCGCAAGACCUCAAGGAGAACGAGGUCGAGUAUCUGCGCAGCGAGGGCAUGCGUCUGUCGGAGAUGCUGCACUGCGAUUUCAUCGACCACACGCAGAACCAUCAGAAGUAUGUCUACGAUAUUCUGAACAUUGUCAUCCUGUCGCUGAAGCUGACCGAGAUGAAGAGCUACGAUCCGUAUCCCUCCAACCACACCGAUCUCCGUAUCCUGUGCUGCAUCUUCUGCGGCGAUCAGUACGAUAUCGAGAACAUUGUCCAGCCGCUGGUCGCCGAAUCGACGCUUGUGAAGGCCAGCGAGCACUCGAUAAUUGUCGAUGUGUUCAUUGGGGAUGCCAAGCGGCGGGUCGAGUUCAUACUCUCCUCCUACCAUGGCACCAAUCAAUAUCGGGAUGAGCUCAUCCACGGCUACAUCUACUUUUACUCGGCGAAGCGUCGCUCAUCCCUGGCCAACCUCAGCAUUUUGGCCGCCCAGAAUGCCAACAUUCCGUUGCAGAUCAUUGCGGUGACGGAGAGCGGAGGAGUCAAUGCGUUCUUCAACAGCGAUAUCUGUCAGUUUCUCAUUACCGAAGGAAAUGCCGUGGCCGAUCGUUUCAAGGGGAGCUUCAUGACAUUCUCAGCGGAUCAGUAUGUUAAAUUUGCAUUCUAUAAUCCAUUCCUGAAGACCUCCUGGGACAACAAGUACGAGGUGGAGAAUCUGCAUGUGGAGGAGUCAAUUACUUUAGAUUCGGGGGAGGGCACGCUGGAGAGCUCGGUGAACCAGAUGCCGCGCCCACCUCCCCGCCACGAGAGCUAUAUGCUGUCGAACACAUUGGGCACCGAUGGUUCCGGCAGCGAGAAUUACGAAAUGCUUCCUACCCGAUCUCUCAACUCAUUAAAUGAAGAAAGAGAUAUAUCAUUAGAUGAAAUCUACGACGAAAACAACGAAAAGCCCAAGCACCUGCACCAAAGAUUCCAGAUAUUCCCUCCUCCAACAACUCCUCCAGAGCCAGCCCCUCCAGAUCAUCAGCUCAUUACAUGCACAUAUAAGAGUCAAUUCGUUUCGGCUUCAGAAUCAAGUUUGGAAGAAAUAACAUCGGACGUCAGCGGGUCUAAGGAUUCAUUGGCCACCCACGAUGCAGAAUGGCUGGAGGACAAGAGCGAUGGGCGACGCAACAUGAACAAGAACUCGAUUUGGAACAACUUCAGUGGCUCCACACACGCCUACACCACGGGCCGGCGGCACAUUGACUCCAAUCUGAACAAGAUCCGUCCGAAGGGUCCCAGCCAAACGCUGAAGGUAGGCGAGGCGCCUAGUCGCAACUGCCCGGCUAUGAGCUCCUCCACCUUCACAUUGCCCACACAGCCGCCGGGCAAGCUGAACAUGAAGAACUUCCAGCUGGUCAGCGAGGCAGUGGCCAAGAUGAACUUCACGGGCUCCGGCUCCGGGUCGGGCUCUGGCUCCGGCUCUGGGUCGGGCACUGGCCUGGGCCUGUGCACCGGCAGUGGAAGCAUGGCCGACUCGUAUCUGGGCGACUGCGAGCCUGUGGGAAAGGAUGGCAAGCGGUAUGAUCACGCCCAAUUGGAUGGAGAGGACGAGGACUCCGAGGAACUGGCCGAGUACGAGCAGAUAUAUGAAAACGAAGACUGCACCGAGUCGGACAGCUGCGCCAGCUCCACAGAGCGACGGGUGCGCCAGCAGAAUGCCUAUUUCAAGGCCAGCAGCAAGGCAAGCAAGGCCAGUGCCAAGAAGCAGAAGAAGAAGAAGGUGGCCAUACCCGUGCAGACACCGAGAGUGCCGCCCUUUGGCUCGUAUGUGAGUCCGCCGGAGAUUCCGCUGCACUAUCAGCGCAUGGCCAUCGUCGGGGCAGGUGAGAAAAAGAAAACAGAGGCUGGUGUUCCGGAAUUCAUGAAGAGCGACAAAUCCCCAGAGUAUUCCAUGGUGCCAGAACUGACGGCAGCUGGGAUCUUUGGCGCUGAGAAUCUGCCCGAGUACAACAUGAAUGCCAAAUGCCUGAAGGACUUUGAGAAGCUCGAGAAGAGGCGCAUCAAGGAGGAGGCGGCACGCCUGCGUAAGCUGCAGGAGAAGGAGAAGGAGCAGGAGAAGAAGCUCAAACGGAAGCUCAAGCAGAAUGCCAAGGGACUGGCCGAGUCCGUGGAGGCGCAGUUCGGGAAGCUAAUGAUCAGCUCCGAACAGGGCGAGAUACCCAUUUUCCUCAACAAGUGCGUGGAGUUUAUCGAGAAGGAGGGACUCGACUCGGAGGGCAUCUAUCGGGUGCCGGGCAGCCGGGCGCAUGUGGAUAUGCUCUUCCAGCGUUUCGAAGAGGAUGUCAACACCGUCAUCGAUGUUCUGGACAUACCCGUCAAUGCCGUUGCUACGGCGCUGAAGGACUUCUUCUCGAAACGCCUGCCGCCUUUGUUUAGUAAGGACAUCAUCAAGGAGCUGGAAGAGAUUGCUGGCUCUCGUGGAGUGGGAGUGGGCUCCUCCAAGUUGAACGUGGAGGUGAAAACGGAUCGUAGCUGCCGCUUGAUAGCUUUAAAAUCGCUGCUCCAGAAGCUGCCCCCCAUCAAUUUUGCCAUACUCAAAUACAUAUUCCAGCACUUUGUGCACGUCUCCGACAACUCCAAGCUAAACAGCAUGGACAGCAAGAACCUGGCCAUCUGCUGGUGGCCCACCUUGAUACCCAUCGACUUCACCGACAUGGGCCACUUCGAGCAGCUGCGGCCCUACCUCGAGGACAUUGUCCAGACGAUGAUCGACCAGUUCCCCUAUUUAUUCUGCGGCAAGGAUGCGUUCGUAAUGGUCUAGAUAUUGGACCCACAACAACAACAGAUCAUAGAUAGACUCAAUGUUCGCGUGCGUGUUGUGUGCGGUGUGUGUGCGGUGUGUGUGUGUGUGUGUGUGAGGAGUGUGCCAUGUGUGUGUAAGUGUGUGAAACAUGGAUAGAUGUGAAAGAGAUAGAGCCAUAGCUUGGAAGGAUAGGAAAGGAAGAAAGAAAUAGAAGGCAGCCCAUCGAUCGAUCGAUUCAUUUUGUGGAGUAGUAGGAGUCUAAGAGCAGGCGCGUAAUGAUGAAUACUAUAUAUAUACAUACUUCAUAUAUACGAUGAUGAUAUUAUCUGUGUUUUUUUUUUUUUUAUAUCUAUGUGUGCGAGUGUAUCUGUGUUUGCAUCUGUAGCUGUAUCUGCAUGUGUAAAGUAUUUGGGGAACGUGGGGAGAAUAAGUGAACACUUGGCUAAGUAGGGUAUAUGUAUAUUUAUUUUUUAUAUACUUGCAUAUAUG